AUGCACAACAGGGCGCGCUAUCUAAUCUUUUUUCAGUACAUUGGGAAAAAGUACAGCGGUGUGGUGAGCGUGGCUCGACAUCAGCCUGGUAAAACAGGAGUUCAGGACCACUUGGAGGAAGCACUCCAGCGGCUAAAACCACUCAGUCCUGUGUCUCUGCUGGUGUCCAGCAGGACGGACGCGGGCGUCCACGCCCUCUCCAACUCCGCUCACUUCGACCUCCAGCGCAGGAACAACAUGCCUCCGUUUACCGAAUACACUCUUGUCGAGGCUUUAAAUUCCCACCUGAGCACAGAACAAAUCAGGGUCACUCGAGCUCACCGUGUUCCUAGUGACUUCCACGCCCGUUUCCGUGCUCGGUCUCGGACCUACCUCUACAGAAUAGCACUGGGUGUCUCCAACUACAAUCAUCUUCCACUCACAGAGUGUGAUCUGUGCUGGGGCCUCCGCAACAAAGUGCUGGAUGUGGGAGCCAUGCGGGACGCAGCUUCCCUGCUGGCUGGGACUCAUGAUUUCAGCAGCUUUGCAGCAAACAGCCAUGAAGAAGUGUAUAAAAGUCCUGUGAAGACGAUGGCUGUGGUUUCCAUACAGACAGGGAACUCCUUCGCACAUUCAUACUUUCACAGAGAGAUGCCAUUGUUGGAGCUGACUUUCAGAAGUCAAUCAUUUCUCUAUAAACAGGUGCGGAGGAUGACCGGAGCGCUGGUGGCAGUAGGUCAGGGCCGCAUGUCCCUGUCUCAGCUAGCAGACAUUCUGGAGGCUCGGGACACUCGGGCCUACCCUCAGAAUAUUCUUGCUCCAACUCGCGGCCUCUUCCUCACGAGCGUGGACUACAAAGAGUCAGACCUGCAGUUUUCAGAUCAGCUGACCUCCACUGAAAAUGCAAAAGGUUGAUGCUCCCUCCAUCCCUCUCAUUUACCUGCUUUUCUGUUCUGGGUCAGCUGGUGCCCAUCUCCAGCAGUCACCGUGAGAGGUACAAGUUACUCUGGUUUCC